AUGAAGGGUAAGGAAAACAAAAUAGUGACGUCUAAGUACACAGCAUUUACGUUUUUCCCACUGAACAUGUACCAUCAGCUUUCGAGACCUUCAAAUCUGUUUUUCCUGCUGACUCUUAUCCUGCUGUCGAUUCCAUCGAUCUCGCCAUUUUCGCCAUUUACGUACUUGCUGGCAUUUGCUAUUGUAGUUGGGGCAUCUAUGGUGAAGGAUGGGGUAGAAGACUACCGAAGGCACCAGCAUGACAAAGCCAUGAACCAGAAGCCAGCGAAUGUGAUAAGAAAAGGCUCAGAUAGGGUGAGUGUUGAGGAAAUAUAUGUUGAGGAUUUGUUAGCUGGAGAUUUUAUUCUGAUUAUGAAGGAUCAGGAGGUACCUGGGGAUGUGGUGUUGUUGAAUAGUAAGGUUGAGACCAGGAAUGGAGUAAGAUGCAAACCACACUGUUUUGUUGAGACAAGCAAUCUUGAUGGAGAGUCCAACUUGAAGAAGAAAACAGUACCGAGUGGUACUGGAUGCGGCACUUGCGAGGAUACAAUACAUCAUGAUAAUAGAGAGCAUGAAUAUAACAACGGAAUUUACAUCUGUGAGUGUGAUAUGUACUACAUAAACAGCAUUGCAGGAUUUGUGGUUGAAGACACUGGAGAUCUUUUUGAUAAGUUUGAGUGUCAGGUUGACAUUGGUGGAAGGAAUGUCCUGUAUAACGAGAAGAAUGUUCUGCUGAGGGGCUCGAGAGUCAAGAACACAGAAUGUGUGCUUGGUAUGAUUGUGAGUGUUGGAAGACAGACAAAACUUGGAAAGAGCCACAUCAAGGCGAAGCCGAAGAUUUCAUUAUUUGAGAAAAGUCUUAGUAGUUUUAUAUACGGAGUGUUUCUUGUGUAUUUGAUUGUGUUGAUUCUGACGUCUGUGCUAGGUGCUGGGUUUCUGAGGAGGGAGGGUAUGGAGUAUUUGUAUCCUAACGAGUAUCCUACUGAGGAUGCAUUGAAACAGACGGGCACCAAUUACAUUCUGUUUAGUUACCUGAUUCCACUGUCUCUCUUUGUGACCCUUGAGGUAUCCAGGAUGAUCCACUCAAUGUUUGUGUUUCAUGAUAGCCAAAUGGCUUCUGGAGAGUGCAGGUCAGUGUGUAGAAAUUCAAAUGUCACUGAAGACAUUGGAGUUGUUGAUUAUGUACUGACUGAUAAGACAGGGACGUUGACCAAGAACUCGAUGGUUCUGAAGCAUUGUCACUGGAACGGACUACCAGGACUUGUGUCUACCGACAAGGUUGGAGGAGACAUGCUGGACAUUGAUGUGCUUAGUAAUAAGGAUGCAUGUGGAAUAGAAGGGAAUUUGAAUGAUGAGUAUUGGCACACUAUGUUUGUUGCAGCGCUUUUGUGUUGUAAUUCUAUAGAGCCUCUUAAUGGGAAAUUUGAAGGUGUUUCACAGGAUGAAUUAUGCAUUGUUGAGGAGCUGAGAAAUCAAGGAUGUGUACUUAUUGAGCGUGAUACGGAGCAUGUUGUGUUUGAGAUGAAUGGAAAACGAACCAAAGCAGAGAUAGAGAUGGCGCUAGAGUUCAGCUCAAGCAGGCAGAGGAUGUCUGUGAUAGUCAGGAUACUUGGAAAGUGUAUGUUGUUUUGCAAGGGAGCCGAUCAGAUGCUGCUGAGAGAUAAGAAUAUGAGCUUUGAUGAUGGAGACUCUGAUUUUAUCAAAACACUGAUUAACACGAAUUCUGAGUACAGAUCGCUUGUUGUUGGAUGCAAGGAGAUUGGAGAGGAUAUGUUGAGUGAAAUGAAGAGCAGAUACAACGAGAUUUCAUUGAAGGGAAGACACAUAGAGCAAGAAAAGAUCUUUGAUUGUGCUGAGGAUGGAUUAGAGUAUCUUGGCACCACUUUUAUUGAAGAUGAGCUGCAAAAAGAUGUCAGAGAAACUAUUGUUUCACUUAAGGAUGCAGGAAUCAAGAUAUGGAUGAUUACAGGAGACAAGAAGGAGACAGCAAUGAGUUGUGCAGAGGACUGUGGAAUUGUUCCGAAGGGGCAAGAAGCCCAAUCGCUUGUAAUCAAAGGAGAGGAAUUUUUGAAGAAGUUUGUUGAUGAAGAUGUGUUCAGUUACAGGUCGAUUGUAAUAUAUCGUGCAACACCUCAUCAGAAGGGAAAGAUUGCGGAACGCAUUGUAAGCUUUGGCCAGAACACAUUGGCAAUAGGUGAUGGUAAUAAUGAUGUUCCGAUGAUCAAGAGCUCACACAUAGGUGUUGGAAUAAUGGGAAAAGAAGGCACACAGGCAAGCCUGUCUGCAGACUUUGCGAUUCCUGAAUUUAGACUUCUGAAGAGGUUGCUGCUUGUGCAUGGAAGAUACAACAUGAUUAGAUUUUCUAAGAUAACUCUGAAUGCAUUUUUCAAGAACAUAUUUUUUAUUUCGAUACAGUUUAUGUACAACUUCUUCAAUGGAUACUCUGGAAUGCCGAUAUACAACAACUUCUUUCUGAAUUACUACAACGUGCUGUUUACAUCGCUUGUUCCACUGUCGAUAGGUCUUUUUGAUAAAGACAUGCCUGAGGAGUACCUGAUGACGAAUCCAAAGCGAUAUGGCGAUGCAAGAAAGCAUUUUGGAAAGCAUGUAUUUGUGUUUGGAUCCGUGUAUACGAUUGCGAUGGGAUGCAUUGUGUUUGGGCUAUCGAUGGGUGUGGUGUAUAUUAAGGACCUGAUUGGAGCAGGUGGGCUGGUUGGUGGAUACAUUCUAUUGACGAACUACUUUUCAAUCAUAGUAUUCUGGGUUGUUCUUGCCACUCAGAUACGCGAGAUUUCGUACUUUGUGGUGUAUUCGUGGGUUGCGAUUGCAUUAAGCAUAUUUCUUAACUUUGUGACGUUGUUUUAUAUACAGGAGGUUGACUCUACAGCCAACAAUGCAGCGAUGAAUCUAUUUUCAAUGCCUGUGUUCUACCUGGCUUGUCUCUUUGUUCUUUCUGGAACUUUUCUUGCAGACUUUGGGAUCCUGAAGAUGUUUUCGACAGUAAAGAAUAAUAUAGAAGAGUAA